CGCAAGAGAAAAAGACGCGUAGAGCGUGUGAGAAGGUGCCACAAACCCAGGAACACAGUGUGUUUGUUCAGUGGAAAAAUCUCGUUAAUCGUUAUCGCAAUCGAAGUAACCUGAGUGCGCAAGUGAAAAAGUAGUGCAACGGAACAGAACGCCUUUUGGAAUCUACUCGGAUUGAGGCAAAUUAGUAGUGAGUGCGCGUUUUGCAGCAGAAGACAGCGAGUGGAACAUUCUGGAAUAGAAGUUACGCGAGCGUUUGUCAUACCCGACAACGGCAAUGGGGAAGGAUUUCUACAAAAUUCUCGGCGUCCCGAAGACGGCCAGUGAUGAUGAGAUCAAGAAGGCGUACCGGAAGCUGGCCCUGAAGUACCACCCGGACAAGAACAAGUCACCGCAGGCCGAGGAGCGAUUCAAGGAGGUGGCGGAAGCGUACGAGGUGCUAUCGGACAAGAAGAAGCGCGACGUGUAUGACCAGUACGGCGAGGAUGGUCUGAAGGGAGGAGCGGGCGGCAUGGGAGGCGGCGGUGGACAGUCACAGUUCCAGUACAAUUUCCACGGUGAUCCGCGCGCCACCUUCGCCCAGUUCUUCGGCACAAACGAUCCGUUCAGCGUGUUUUUCGGCAGCGACGGCGGCAACAUCUUCCACCAGGAGAUGAGCGGCGGUGGCAUGAUGGACGAUCCGUUCGGGUUCGAUGGCCGAGGUGGUGGUGUGCAGAUGGGAGGAUUCCCCGGUGGUGCCUUCCGGUCACAGUCAUUCAACGUGCACGGAUCGCCCCAGCGCAAACAGAAGCUCCAGGAUCCGCCGAUCGAGCACGAUCUGUACGUGUCGCUCGAGGACGUGAACACGGGCUGCCAGAAGAAGAUGAAGAUAUCGAAGAUGGUGAUGGGACAGGACGGUUCGGCGCGCAAGGAGGAGAAGAUACUGAACAUCAACGUGAAACCGGGCUGGAAGUCGGGCACAAAGAUAACGUUCCCGCGGGAAGGAGACCAGGUGCCCGGAAAGGUUCCAGCCGACAUCGUCUUCAUCAUCCGCGACAAGCCACAUCAGCACUUUAAGCGCGAAGGCAGCGACAUUAAGUACUCGGCAAAGGUUUCGCUCCGUCAGGCACUGUGCGGGACGGUGGUACAGGUGCCAACGCUCAGCGGUGAAACGCUGACCAUCUCGACGGCCAACGAGGUGAUCAAACCGCACACGGUGAAGCGAUUACAAAACCGGGGCCUACCGUUCCCGAAGGAACCGAACCGAAGGGGGGAUCUGCUGGUGACGUUCGACAUUCGAUUCCCCGAUACGGUCGAUGCCAGCACGAAGGAAAUCCUGUCCGACCUAUUACCGAUGGAUGCAUCGUAGAGUGUGAGCGCGCAUCAUCAACACGAGCGAGCAUUGUCACCCCGCCUGCAGCUGCAGGGCAGUCGUCGCCCAUGCUCCCUUCUCCUUUCCAGGACCACCUGCUCCUGGUCUGUGGUCAAUCGCAACAUUUUGCCCCGUUUAAAAAAACAAAUCACAUCCGCACCCAGCACCACCACCACCACCACCACCACCCCCACUGCAAUUCGCAACGAGGAGAGAGAUCUACGCAGCGCAGCGUGUUUGUCACGCGGGUUGUUCUAGAAGGUGCCAGCUCACCUUGAGCAAACAAUAACAAAGGGCGCCCCAUCCUCAGCGCGGGCCCAGUGGAAGGGAGUGGCUAGAUGAAAUCCUAUUUUCAACCAUCACAUGACGUCAUAACAACACGGUGCAACGACGGGAAAAUGCAAAGCGAACCCCCAGGCCCUCAUCAUCAGCAGCAGCAGCAGCGGAAAAGAAGGUUCUAGCAACGACGAGAGAAAGAGAGGAGGACUAACGCGAGAGCAUCGUGCCAACGGGAGAGAGAGCGAAAGAGCGAUUGUGCAGCUGCCCAGCGACGAACGCCUCUCCAUGGCCUACGUGCGAGAAUGCGCCUAGCACAGCGACAGCAUACCGAGACGUAUUAAUAGGCGGCUAGAUCCGGAAAAAUGGAAUGUUCUGGAACAGCAGCAGCGCCCAACCCCAGGGCAUUCCCCUGGCUUCCGGGCCGUAAUUCUGGUGACAAGGAUCGUGAGCAAGGAUGAUCCGGCGUUGGUGAAGUGUGUGAUGUGAAGCUUUUUACCGAAGAUUCGUUAGGAAGAAAAUGUAAAUAGUUUGAAAAUCCAAAGUAUAUCUCAUAAUAGGAAAAUGAGAGAGGAGUAGUAGAAGCCCGUACGAUGCCGAUCAAUAGCAGUAGUGUAACUUGCAUUGUUCUUCUCGUCCUCUCGCGAAGUAGAAAACCUUCGAAUCAGCCGUUUAAAACUAGUUUUUAACUGUAAAUAUAGAGAGAAGAGCCGUUAUGCGCAGGAGAAGGGUUGCGAGAGCACGGGAGAGAGAGGGACAAACGCGAGAAGAUGUGUGGCUUGAGGCGCCGCAGAGAUAGCUGCUGCGCUCUCGUUUGUAACUCCAGCUUCCACCUAUAUUUUACGUUAGCUAGCACGUUUUUCUAAGCGUUUCGAACUGUUGUGCGGCGGCGAUUGUACGAAGAAGUGAAGGUUAAAGUGCUUAGUAGCGCGUUUCCUAGGGGGAGGCGAGGAAAUGAUAGUAGCUUUCGUUGUUAAAGACUGACCAGGUUCCGGGGAAAAGGGAGGUUGGUUGCAGCGCAUUACCAACCUGGUGCAGAUGAUGACGUCGAUGAACCCGCGUCAGCAGAGCGCUCACCCAGGUACUAAAUAGCGCGCGAGAUAGAAAGCUCUUUCAUUCCGCUAGGACACAAACCGUGGGCGCCUCACACACGACCUAUCACACUCCGUUUUCGCUUAUGCCCAUCGUGCUGUACGGAGCGCUGUCCUAUCAUACAGAUAAAGGCCUUGAGUUUAAAGUACGUUAUAGUACGCAGGAACACGCGAAGCUUAUACCUUUUGUAUCGUAAAGUGAUUUAGUUGUUUUUCUCUUCAUUUAGUUUGUUACCACACUAGCUAUCUUUCAUAUACGUUUCGCUAAAAUCUGUAAAAUAAUGUAACAGAAGGAAGAGUAAGUUUGCGAAGAGCUACGAGAAAUGUGGGUCCCAACGAAUUUGGGAUGUGGUUUGAUCAAUAAAAGAAAACAAUGAUUCCUGAACAUA